AUGAACACAAUCCGCUCCACAUUCUAUGGCUGGGGAGCAUUGAUCGUCGCUGGCGGUGGCUCUUACUAUUUCGCGAAACGACAGAUUAACAAGGACCGCGACGAACGAGCCGCAGCUAUCGAGAAAUCCAGACAACAGGCCGAGCGAUUACGAGCGCAGGAACAAGUCAUGCGCAACAAGGCUCUGAGUAGCACUGCCCCAGGGGAUAGGAUAUCACCGAGCGAUCGGCCCAGUCCCAGUGUAGAAGGCGGGAACGAUCCUGCGCCAACCGGACACGUGGACAAUCAUGAAAGCAGAUAUGAAGCGAAAGAGCCGUUUCGGAGUCGGAAAGGGGAUCGAUUCAGUUGAUGUGCAUAUUUUGGGUGAAGGCUGUCGCCUCGCUUCAGACGAUGGAAUGAUCACAGCAUAGCGAUGGAGCAUGGGGUAGAAAGAGCAUGGUGAAGACGAUGCAUAGACUGGAGUAUACGAUACAAACUGUACGAUACAGCCGAUGGGGUAACACCUCGUCAUUUCAAUCGGCCUGGAGAGCAUUGGCAGGAUGACUGCUCCCGCUGCGUUAUCAAUACAACUCCUCUCUUCGGAAUGAUCCCGAUAACAGCCACGAACGCCAUGCCGAUACCAAACCCAGUCCUGUGCUAGGUAGUGUAUACCUUCUGUUCUUGUUACAGUCCCGAACUCCUCUUCAUCUCCCCAGCCGCAUGUACGCCCCAGCAUAAUCAUCGAGACUUGACCCGGGCAGGCAAUCGCGGAAGCUCAGUGGGCGGCUACAGAAGGUCAGACACUGCGUUCAAGGUGUUUCUGGUCCGUCCUCGCACGUUGGCUCACACAGAAAGCAGUCCCGAGAGGAGCUCCCACAACUGUGCACCAGUAUAUCGUAGCAGCGGCAGCACCUAUUCGAUCUUGUCGAGUUUUGCUCAAAGUGCUGCGUGGGAGAUUUGCAUAUGAGCGGCGGCACGUGAGGUGGAGAGUUGAUCGAACAGAAAGCAUCUUUAUAUGGAGUCGCGCAAAGAAAUGAGUGAGGUGAUGGUGUCGAAUACUUAAGGUAAGUGUGGUUGCCGACGUUGCGCUGCAG